CCGUCCUGCUAAUAGCCUCAUUGUCUCACUGAGGGCUUGCUCUGCCCUCAGAAGACCUCACAGCACUGACAGCAGAUCCCAGAAGUUGUGGGACAUUCCUCAGGCUCCAAUCCCGGAGAUGUUUAUUCUCUGGGUGGAGGGUGAAAAAGCAAAGAGAGAGAUGUUGCAAUUCACUCCAUCCACGUCAGACGCGUCAUCUGGAAGGGAGGAGGGCAGGGCCAGAGGAGGGACACCCUGACAGCAGCCGGCCCUGACCCAGCCUGCCAGCCUGCCCCCCCCCCCCAGCCUUGAGGCUAUGGAGUAGUCCAGCCUACCCGGCCUGUCCCCACUCCCCAACUUUCCGUGAUGACAAACCAGAAAACUGAAACUGAAACAGGUUCAAGUUAGAGAUGAGUCACCCCGGCACAGCUGGCCCUGACGCAGUCCGGUCCCCCACCUGCUGGCCUUGAGAUGGAGUAGCCCAGCCUCCAUGGCCUGCCCCUCUCCCCAACUUCCCCUGAUAACAAACCAGAAACUGAAACGAAAACAGGAUCACGUUAGAGAUGAGUCACUUCCCAAAGUGACGGCAGUCCCUGAGAAGUGACAACAGACAGACAAGACCCCCGGGGCACUUGAAGCAGACAGGACGUUGAGGGUCGCCAAGGAGCAUGGCAGGCAGUCCAGAGGUGGUGGCCAUGGACUGUGAGAUGGUGGGUAUAGGACCUCUAAGGGUGAGCGGCCUUGCCCGCUGCAGCAUCGUGAACCUCUAUGGCACAGUCCUGUAUGACAAGUACAUCCGGCCUGAGGGAGAGAUCACGGAUUAUAGAACCCGAGUCAGCGGGAUCACACCUCAGCACAUGGUGAGGGCGACACCAUUUGACGAAGCCAGGCUGGAGAUCCUGCAGCUCCUGAAAGGCAAGCUGGUGGUGGGCCACGACCUGAAGCAUGACUUCAACGCCCUGAAGGAGGACAUGAGCAAGUACACCAUCUAUGACACCUCCACAGACAGGCUGCUCUGGCAUGAGGCCAGGCUGGACCAUUACAAGCGCGUGUCCCUGCGGGUGCUGACUCAGCGCCUGCUACACAAGACCAUCCAGAACAACCGGCAUGGCCACAGCUCCGUGGAAGAUGCCAGGGCCACGAUGGAGCUCUACAGAAUCUCGCAGCGACUCAGAGCCAGAACCCAACAAGGGCUGUCCCGCCUGGGGGCGUCAUACUGAAGGUCAUCCUCGUCCAGGGACCAGAGGCUUCCACUCCUUAAGGACAGUACUUUUCCACAAAUGAGACCCGCUUCUAACGACAGCAGCCAGCAGCAACAAGAAAAGCAGAACCAGAGACAACACUCCCCCAGGCCCGCAUUUUUCUAGCUUUUUUGGAAGAAAAAAAAAAGAGAGAUCUUUAGUAAUGAAUGGCUCGUUAUUUUGUCUAAUUCCACUGGAAAUGCUUGUCUUUUGUCUUGCUUGGUGACAGAGAAUGAAGAUUUAUGCCCCCGAAGUUGGGCACAUGCCUCUCCCUCCUCUCCUUUCUCCGUCCUCCCUCCCUCCCUUUCUCUCUCUCCCUCCCCCUCUCUCCCCUUCCUCCCCCACUUCCCCCAGGUCGAUUUAGUACAUUUAUAGAACAGUGAGCAUGGCAGUCACAGGGAAACUUGCUUUUUUUUUUUAACUCUCCCUGAGCCCAGGCCCACCUUGUACUCACGACUGUCCGCCCUCCGCCUCCUGAGUGCUAGCAUUGCAGGUGUGUGGCGCACAGCCAGCUUAGAUGCCUAGAGACCUUUGCUGCUGUGUUCUUUCUUAUACUCCCGGGGAUGGAACCUGGGGUCUUACAUAUGCUAAGCAAGCACCCUACCAUUGAGCCACAUCCCCAGCCCUCAUUUUAAACUUUAUUAUGAAAAAGUUGCACCCCCCCCCAAAAAAAAAUCACACACCAAAAUCAGAUUCCAAGACUAUACAACUCACCGACCAUCUGUACAGUUAGAGUAGCCAUUUGGAAUGAAAGCUGUAGAGCAUCAUAUUAGAUUUUAUACUUCACGGUAUGUUUUUAUGUACUGUCCAUCACCCAAACCAAACAAACAAACAAAUCCACGACGGAGUUGGAACUAGA